UACUCAAUUUCAAGUUUAUUUGAACUAUUUUACUUUCUCUGUAAUAUAACUUAUUUGAGUUAAUUUUGUAAUAUUAUCACAGAGAGUAGUUCAUAUGAGUCAGUUCUCCUAUUUGAAAUUAAGUGGCCACUUUACUUUCAUAGAUUUAUAGUUUAGGUUAAGUGCGGCAGUGUCUGAUUACAUAUCAUGCCGUAUCCUGGAGAUUCUGGUGAAAAUGGGAAUAUUGUGUAUGGAAAUGGGCGGCAAAAUGGAGGCCAAGCGUACACCGUGAAACAGGCUUUCGAAGAAGGAGGUCUAAAAGCAGGGGUGUCACAUGCGGCGCGGGUCACCUACAGCGUGCUGUCUCGUCGCAAAGCCGCGGAAGAGGGCGCCGCUCGUCUCGCCAGGGUGCUCUCGGCUUUGGACCUCACGGCUCUGGGGGUCGGCAGCACCCUCGGCGUGGGGGUGUACGUAUUAGCGGGGGAUGUGGCGAAGAACUACGCCGGGCCCGCUGUCAUACUGUCUUUCCUGCUGGCGGCGGUCGCCAGCGUGUUCGCUGGUCUAUGUUACGCUGAAUUCGGUGCCAGGGUGCCAAAAGCCGGCUCAGCAUACGUGUACAGUUAUGUCUGCGUGGGGGAAUUUAUAGCGUUUCUAAUUGGAUGGAAUUUGAUAUUAGAAUAUAUUAUAGGUGCUGCGUCGGUAGUGAAGGCACUCAGUGAAUAUCUGGACUCGUUGUUCAAUAAGGCGAUCUCGUCGUACCUACAAGCGGCGAUGCCUAUGGACUCGCCGCACUUGGCCAGCUACCCCGAUUUGUUUGCCUUCGCCGUCAUCAUGGUAUUCUCUGUGGCCCUCGCAUUUGGCGUGAAAGAGUCGUCGAAAUUCAACAAUUUCUGUACGGGCGUGAAUCUGUGUGUAGUGUUGUUUGUCAUCAUAUCGGGAUCGUUUAAAG